AUUUUAAAUAUUUGUCACAUGUUUUAUAUGUAAUAUCAAAAUAAGCAAGAGUUAAGCUGUAAACAAACGUACUGAUAAAGCCGUGUGCAGUUCAUGUCCCUAUAAUUUUUGCGUGAUUGCAUUUUUGCAUUUCAGUAAAUAUAGAUCUCUGCCUCUGUGAAUAUGUCCAAAACUGAAUGUCAAAACAAUUGAAUAAGCCGCUGUAAAUAAUAUAUUUUAUUUAACUCAUGUCUGUCAAAGUUGGCAUUUCGGCUACUUACCGCGCGCCUGCAAUUGGCUUGUUGUCUUCUGUGAGUUUUUGCAAAGUUUUUUUGGGAAGUGUAAGCCUAAGUUUUGCAAUUGUUUUUAUAAGUUUAACAAGUUGUGGAAUAGCGGAAUAUUAAUUACAUUUCGAUAAUAUGACGGAAGCUUUGGAAUAUAACGAUAUAUCUACAGAAGUACGCGGAGUGCUUACACCUGGUCGUCUUAAAUUAACUGAACAGAAUAUAAUAUUUAAAAACAUAAAGACUGGAAAAGUCGAUCAAAUUUCCGUAGAUGAUAUUGAUUUAAUAAAUUCGCAGAAGUUUGUUGGCAACUGGGGUUUGCGUGUUUUUACAAAAAAUGGCGUAUUGCAUCGUUUUUGCGGCUUUAAAGAUAGUGAAGUUGAAAAAGUAGCGAAAUUCAUCAAGAAAGCUUAUCACCAAGAGAUGGUGGAAAAGGAGUUGUGCGUUAAAGGCUGGAAUUGGGGUACAGCUCGUUUUAAGGGUUCCAUAUUGAGUUUUGACAAAGACUCAAAGACUAUAUUUGAAGUCCCAUUGACGAAUGUUUCACAAUGUAUGACUGGUAAAAAUGAGGUUACCUUGGAAUUUCAUCAAAACGAUGACGCACCAGUCGGUUUACUUGAGAUGCGUUUUCAUAUACCAACGGUGGAGUCAGCUGAAGAGGAUCCCGUUGAGAGUUUUCAAAAUAAUGUCAUGAGUAAGGCAUCAGUCAUAUCUGCUUCGGGAGAUGCAAUUGCGAUAUUUCGUGAAAUUCAUUGUCUCACGCCACGUGGUCGAUAUGAUAUAAAAAUUUUCUCUACAUUUUUUCAACUACAUGGAAAAACAUUUGAUUAUAAAAUUCCAAUGGAUUCUGUGUUGCGUUUAUUUUUAUUGCCGCACAAAGAUAAUCGUCAAAUGUUUUUUGUGUUGAGUUUAGAUCCACCAAUAAAACAAGGUCAAACUCGGUACCAUUUCUUGGUUUUGCUAUUUGGACCAGAGGAGGAAACUUCUAUUGAGUUGCCAUUCACAGAGGAAGAGCUAAAGGAAAAAUAUGAAAAUAAACUUGAAAAAGAAUUGUCGGGACCUCUGUAUGAAGUAAUGGGCAAAGUAAUGAAGGUGUUGAUAGGAAGAAAGAUUACUGGUCCUGGAAAUUUUAUUGGGCAUUCUGGCACUCCCGCAGUUGGGUGUUCAUUUAAGGCUGCUGCCGGUUAUUUAUAUCCUUUGGAACGCGGUUUUAUUUACAUUCAUAAGCCCCCAGUGCAUAUACGCUUUGAAGAAAUCGCUACUGUGAAUUUCGCACGUAGCGGUGGAUCUACACGCAGUUUCGAUUUUGAAAUUACUCUUAAGAAUGGCACAGUUCAUACAUUCAGUUCAAUUGAGAAGGAAGAAUAUGGCAAACUAUUUGAUUUUAUACAACAAAAGAAGUUGUCUGUUAGCAAUAUUGGCAAAGAUAAGGGUGGCUAUAAAGAUGUUGAUUUUGGUGAUUCAGAUAAUGAAAAUGAACCGGAUGCAUAUUUGGCACGCGUACAAGCUGAAGGUCGUGAAAAGGAGUCAGAUGAUGAUGACGGAUCUGACGAUGAAUCCACCGAUGAAGAUUUUAAGCCGAAUGAAAAUGAAUCUGAUGUUGCUGAGGAAUAUGAUAGCAAUGUUCAAAGUGAUUCUUCAGAUGACUCAGAUGCAAGUGGUGGUGGUGGUGGUGGUGGUGGUGGCGGUGGCGAUUCAGGCGGUGAGUCUAAGAAAAAGCAAAAAAAAGAAAAGAAGGAGAAAAAGGAACGUAAAGAAAAAACAGUGAAAAAAACUUCAAAGAAAAAUAAAGAUGCUAAUAAGCCAAAACGUGCAACAACUGCUUUUAUGUUAUGGUUAAAUGAUAUGCGCGAACAAAUCAAAAAAGACAAUCCUGGAAUAAAGGUAACUGAAAUUGCUAAAAAAGGUGGCGAAAUGUGGAAAGAACUUAAAGAUAAAUCAAAAUGGGAAGAAAAAGCAGCAAAGGAUAAGCAACGUUAUCUCGAUGAAAUGAAAGAUUAUAAGCCGAAAGAUGGUAGUGAUGAUGAAGGUGACAAAGGUACAAAGAACAAACGUAAAAAGGAGACUUCUACGAAAAAAGCAGCUAAUGUCUCUGGCAGUUUUAAAAGCAAAGAAUAUAUAUCUGAAGAUGAUGAUUCAAGUGAUAGCGGCAAGGAUAAGAAAAAGUCAAAUGAUGGAGAACCAGAAAAGAAAAAGUCUAAAACUUCGAGCAAAAUGAAGCCAACAAAACAAGAUAAAAAGAAAGAUGAUAGUGAAGAUGAUGAUGAUAUGAACGAAGAUGACUUAAGUGAAGAGGACGAAUCCGGCAGUGCUUCCGCUGUAGACAGCGAUUAAAUCUGCUAUAGGCGCCAUUAAAUACAAGCAAAAAAAUAUUUUUUUAUACAAGUUUUAAGUUAUUAUUAUAUAUAGUUAUUAAAAAUAUCGAAUACCACGUUUUUAUAUAGUAUGGUGAAAUACAUACAAAUAUGUGAUUUAACUUCCUAUUCUGUUAUUGAUAUGAACCAUUCUGUUACUUACUAUGUAUUCAAAUCUACAAAUAUUCCAAAAUACAU